AUGAAGAUCCUUUACCUGCUCUUUUCUGUCCUCCUCUUGGCACUUCAGGUUUCUCCAGGUUUCUCUUCACCCCGGAGGGACAUGUUGUUCUGUAGACAUGGGUCGUGUCACUUUGGAAGAUGUCCAUUCCAUUUGGUUAAGGUUGGAAGCUGCUUUGGGUUCCGCUCCUGCUGCAAACC